GGGCCUGGCCCGAGCACCUGGCGAUGCAGGGCGGUGACCAAACGCACAUUGCGUCGACACUGCAUCCCGAGAGGGGUCAAUGACAGACGCUUGGGUUGUUAGGACACGACUGUAUCCCUCAUCAUGUGUGGCAUCACGGCGACGCUGGUGGUGCUCCUCUCAACGGCCUUCGUGGCCCAUGUGGUGAGGCUCAACUACGUCAUGGGACGGACACCGCGCGCGGCGCGGGCGCACGUGUCGGAGCCGUUGACGGCGGACGACAUCCGGGAGACGUACGAGAGGGUCCGACGCGAGGGUAUCGACUGGCGCCCGGGACUGCCGCCGCGCAAGGAGAGGCGGUACAUUGUUGUCGGUGGCUCGGGUACCGUGGGAGGGCAGCUGGCGCUGGACCUGCUUCAGAUGGGGGUCCCGCCCGCGGCGAUCCGGCUCAUGGAUAUACGGCGCCCUGCGCGGGACGAGUUCAAGUCGGGCCCGGCCUCGGAGAUGGCCUUUGUGAGUACGGACGUGACGUCUGAGAGCGACGUGUUGCGUGCCUUUGGCGAGCCGUGGCAUGAGGCCGUGGCCCGCCUGCCCCUGACGGUAUUCCACACGGUGGCCUUGAUCCGGCCGUUUGAACGGAGCGAGAUCUUCUACGAGCGAUGCUCUCGCGUCAACGUGGCGGGCACGGCAAACGUGCUGGCGGCGGCGCAAAAGGCGGGCGCGGGCAUCUUCAUCUACACGUCGAGCUGCCACGCGGCCGUGCGUAGCACGGGGUGGUUCUUCCCGCUCUGGCUCCGCGAGCCGCGCAACUUUGCGCAGGUGGUGGGCGACGAUGACUUCUUCCGGCCCCUGCCACGGCCUCGCGACUUUGCCAGCAACUACGCGCGGUCCAAGGCGGAGGGCGAGCGGCUAGUGUGCGGCGCCGACGACGCCGACGACGACGGACGGCGAGGCCAGGGGAUGCGGACGGCGGCGAUACGGCCGGGCAACGGAGUGUACGGACACAAGGACGACGUGAUCCUGGGGCGCCUGAUAAGGCUCCGUCGGGUGCCGACAUACUCGGCGCCGUGGGUGCACAACUGGGUCAACGUGCACAACGUGACGCAGGCGCACCUGCGGCUCGAGGACGCGCUGCUGGGCGAGCACGCCUCCAAGGUGGCCGGGCGGCCGUUCAUGGUGUCAGACGAGGGGCCGGGCCUGCGGUUCCAAGACGUCUACGACAUCCUGUCGACGACGUGCUCGACGGGGAUGCGCGUCGACUACCCGCCGCCGGUGCUGUUGCUGCUGCUCGCGUACGCCAUCGAGGCGUACUGCCUGCUCCUGGCGAGGGCGCCCCCUCUGCUCAGAAAGCUGCUGCUGCUGCUCACGGCGGGGGAGCCGCGGGAGCCGGUGCUGCUGCUGCAGCCGGCGCUGUUCUCGUCGUCGGUGACGUCCAUCAUCGACGACUCGGCGGCACGACGGACGCCGGCUCAGGGCGGACUGGGGUACGCGCCGGCGUGCACGACGCUCGAGGGCAUGUGUCUGCAGGUGGUGCACUGGAACGAGUGGGUUGAGGAGAAGCGGCAUCUGGAGGAGGGAGCCGUGGAGUGAAGCUUGUCGUGAGUCUCUUUGAACGACAGGGCUGUCGGACGG